GGCGGGCUGUGGGAGGGGAGCGCGUGUCGGGACUGCGAUAAACAAAGCGACCCUCGUGAGUGACACCGGGUGCCCCCCACGGAAAAAAAGGUCUCGUGUCCUCGGAGGGCGCGGGUGGCGGUGUGUGUGUGCGUGUGCGUGGGGAGGGGUGUCUCGGCUCAACUCGUCUCCUAGCGGGGCCCGCGGCUCCUGCCCGGCCGCGGUGCUGGCGGAUGGGAGGCAGCUCCCGGCUUCGUCGCGGCGCUGUGGCGUCAUCGCCGCGCGACGCGCCCGGCGCGGGGUUGUCGUUGUGGUUGGUGUUUUUGGGGGUGUGGGGCCGGCGCCAUGCCGGGCAAGAAGUCUUUCCGCCGGCGGAGGGUGGAGGAGGAGGAGGAAGAGGAGGACGAGCAGGUCGCUGAGGAGGUCAGGUUAAAAGUUGAGGAAGCCAAAGAAGUUCAGAGCCUCAGAAAGCGACCCAACGGGGUGAGUGCUGUAGCUCUGCUUGUGGGAGAGAAGUUGCAAGAAGAAGCAACGCUUGUGGAUGACCCAUUUAAGAUAAAAUCUGGGGGAAUGGUGGACAUGAAGAAGCUGAAAGAAAGAGGCAAGGACAGGAUUAAUGAAGAGGAAGAUCUAAACUUGGGAACAUCCUUCUCAGCUGAAACCAACAGGCGGGAUGAAGAUGCUGACAUGAUGAAGUACAUUGAGACAGAGCUGAAGAAGAGAAAGGGAAUUGUGGAGAACGAGGAGCAGAAGGUGAAGCUUAAGAAUGCCGAGGACUCUCUAUAUGAGCUGCCAGAGAACAUCCGUGUCUCCUCAGCCAAGAAGACUGAGGAGAUGCUGUCAAACCAGAUGCUGAGUGGCAUUCCUGAAGUGGACCUGGGAAUUGAUGCAAAAAUAAAAAACAUCAUCUCAACUGAAGAGGCCAAGGCCAAGCUGCUGGCAGAGCAGCAGAACAAAAAGAAAGACAGCGAAACUUCCUUUGUUCCCACCAACAUGGCUGUUAACUAUGUCCAGCACAACAGAUUUUAUCAUGAAGAACUAAAUGCACCCGUGCGAAGGAACAAAGAAGAGCCAAAACCCCGUCCACUGAGAGUGGGGGAUACAGAGAGGCCAGAACCUGAGCGGUCUCCUCCAAAUCGCAAACGUCCACUCAAUGAAAAAGCAACAGAUGAUUAUCAUUAUGAGAAAUUCAAGAAGAUGAAUAGGAGAUACUGAUGGAUGUGGACUGAAGUCUGCAGUUGUUCUUUUCCACUAAUAAAAGAUGUUGUGUCAAUGACCUGGGAUGGACCUGGGGAGAGUCACUGCCUUCACAUGCUGGUGUUACCUACAAAGCUUUUCUUGUGAUAUUGUAGUGAGUCAGUUUGGAGGUCAUUGUGAACUCUUUGGUCAGUAAAAUCGUGUAUAUAACUUUCAGUUAUAAACCUUUUUUUAUAAGAACAGGAGCUUUCAUGCUUGGCAUUUUUUAGUGAGAAAAAGCAAACUUGCUUUUACAGAUUUUUUUUAACCCUCUUAAAAGAUACAAAAAUAAGAGAUCCUUUAAAAGCAGCAGUAUUGUUUGCCUUGUAAGUAUAAAGGGAAGGUUUAAAGCCAGUUUGCUUGAAUAUGACUUUGUUAAGAGACUUCUUGUUUAUUCCCCUUUGCUGUGCAGAGUGUGUAAGGCUGAGAUGCUGCAGCAGUGUGUUCGGUACUGCUGUUCCUCAGCCUAGCUUAAAAGUGCUCCAGCAGAAACCACAGCGUUGGCUGAGCCUGGUGCUUCCUCGCUGGGUCUGUCAUCAGCGCAAGAAACAACAGCAGAUAUCCAGUGCUAGGAAUUUUGUAUGGUGUGCUGUGUUCUUUUGUAUCCUUUUAUCCCUGUAGAGUUGUUUCUGUAGCAGUUCACUGCAUUUUAUUUUAGCUGUGAAGAAAAGAAUUGGAUCAGGCUGUAACUGUUGAAUUGGAAGAAAAUCUCACUUUCCACUCUUAGGACAUGCAUAGUAUGGCAGAUGGUGAAGAGGCCAGAGGCCCUGUAACCAAUAUGCACUCAGUCUUCCCAGGACCUGUGAUGUGCAGGUACCUGAAGGCAAGAUUUGGAACUUGGAAAUAAUAAAAGUGGUUUUAAGUGAUCGUAAA